AUGAUGCCGAAAAGAUCAGAUUGUUGUAGUCCGAAGGAGAAAAUGGACAACAGGACGAGAAUUGUUUUUGUCCCACCUACUACUACUACUACUACUACUACUACUACUACUACUACUACUACUACUACUACUACUACUACUACUACUACUACUACUACUACUACUACUACUACUACUACUACUACUACUACUACUACUACUACUACUACUACUACUACUACUACUACUACUACUACUACUACUACUACUACUACUACUACUACUACUACUACUACUACUACUACUACUACUACUACUACUACUACUACUACUACUACUACUACUACUACUACUACUACUACUACUACUACUACUACUACUACUACUACUACUACUACUAUACUACUACUACUACUACUACUACUACUACUACUACUACUACUACUACUACUACUCUACUACUACUAUACUACUACUACUACUACUACUACUACUACUACUACUACUACUACUACUACUACUACUACUACUACUACUACUACUACUACUAUUACUACUACUACUAAGUUGUAA